AUGCCAGCCAGCAAGCUUAUCCGCCACUUCGACAGGUCCAAAAUCGCUCCUGUUAAGGGAGGCUCGAACUUGUCCACAAGAUCGAGAUUCAUCAGGCGGCAGGACACAGAAGGGUCUCCUCCCCCGCCGUCGUCAUCGCCAGCACAGGACCCGAAGCUGCCUUCAGGAUUGGAUGACUUGUCGUCUGAUGAAGAUGACUCCGAGGGAGAAGAUGACCUCUCUGACGACGAGGAAGACUCUGAUGAUUUCAAUCCAUUCGAUCCUGGCGCUGCCACACGGUCAGGCAGCUCGACCAUCUCUCAGACUACGUCGAUGGUGGACAACCCAUUCAUUCCCAAGUCGACGGUCACUGGAUCCGCCACUCCAAUUUCUCAAGGCCAGAGUGCUCACACGCAUCCUGCCACCUCGACCCUGGCAACGUCAACCACUUCGCUCGACAGUGUGCCUGGAGUUGCCACCAAUGCAGCGUCGACAAGUGCAGACAGCUCCAGUUCUUCGGUCGAGAGCUCAAAAUCACCGCAUAUGCUCACAGCUGUUGUGAUAGCGUCAGUACUGGCGGCUAUCUCUGUUCUGGCCAUUGCCUAUCUCCUUUUCCGGUUCUGCACGCCCCUCAAGGCCAGAUUAGCAAAGCAUCGAGGACGGAGAGGACAGAGCCUAUCCUCCCAAGAAGAGAACGGGACAGCUCCAAGGCGAUUGCUGCUGGGAAUGUCACAGGCGAACAACCUGAGUGGAGCGGAGACACUUCGACACACACUCAACGCUCCUCCAAGUGCCAUUGCCACUCCUGCACCGGCUUAUACCAGGCACGCACCUGUCUCAUCGACUCGAAUGUUUCCCGCAGUGCCGCUCCAGAACGGCGGGCUAGAAAAAGAUCCGGAAAACCCUUUCACCGAUCAAGUGCCCCCAUCCCGGAGUAGCAGUGUUAGUAGCCGUCGUCUUCGCAUACGCAGCUUUGGAGAUGAUGGUCUUCGCGAUGGUCUCAACCACGAUAUCGACAAUCGACCACCUACAUACAGGCGCGACGACCACGACCACCACCCUUACGCCUCUGACUUCAACGUCGAUGACUACGCCGCGUCUCGGAUGUCUGCUAGUACGAGAUCGCAUCCAGGCGGCCUGACUAACAACCCUCCCACCAUUCUCGGCCAGAACGGCGCUGCCCAACCGCAUCAGACAACGACAAGGACAACGACGUCCGGGAUUCCGCCUCGACCAGUCAUCCCCGUCCCUGCUCACCUGAACACCUUGAACACCUUGGACAUGAGCCAGUGGACGCCGCCGUCACCAUCAUAUUUUCCUAACCUCUCGCCCGCGAGUUCCCUCAUCGAAUCCCCCCGAAGCCAAUAUCAACCUCGCAUCCGCAAGUCCAUCAGCCCGUCCGACAGCGUCUCGAACGCACCCUUCUCGCCGCGCGCACAGUUCCCCAUGGACCUCGCGCCACCGGUCCUGCCGGCCGGCAUGAACUCCCGAUGGAGUCAAAACUCGUCCAGUGUCAAUGGACCAGUGCUCGACUCACGGAGUGCCGUCGGCAGCGAUGGUCUCCGCAUAACUACCACUGGCGGGAGAGCGUUGCCGCCUCAUCUUCCGCUGCGCGUGAAAAGCUCAAGUUCUGCCUCUACAGUUCCGUCGUCGGCGUCUCGGGCGACCUAG